AUGCAGUCAUGCUACACGGGGGCCACACCUGCCGACAGCAGCAGCGGCGGCGGCGGUGGUUACGUGUUUCCUGUUUAUUAUGCUCCACAACUUCAAAAAACUGCUGAUAGAAUCAACAACAACAACAACGGCAAUGCAAGUUUGCUGUCGACAGCAUCAGCAUCAGUGUAUGAACAACAACAUCGAAGCAGCGUGAACAAACGUGACAGGUCUACUUUCCACCGAAGCCAGCAGAGCAGCAGCUGCAGCAGUCUCGCCAGCAACCACAGCAGCAGCAACCAACAACAACAUUUCUACUAUUACAACAACAAUAGGUACAAUGAUAAUCAUUCAUCUUCUUCAGAAUACAACCAUCAUCAUCAACAUCAGCUGCACCAGCAACAACGCCAUUCUCAACAGUAUCAUCAUCAUCAUAGAUAUUAUGGCUCUUACGGUGACAGCAAACCCCCACCAAGAUUUUUGAAACAACGUCAACAUCAACAACAAUUGUUUAACAACAACAACAACAAUGAUAACAACUUCAGUGACUAUGAUUAUGGUUAUCAUGAUGAUGAUGAAUGUGAUGUACCCAAUAGAUUAGUUGAAAUAUGGAAUGAUUGCAGUAAUGCUUCUCAACCAUCAAAAGCCAGCAACAACAUUAAAAGCGACAUUAACUUCUUCCCAGCAACAACAACAAAGUGUCAGCCGCUCAACAAUCAAACGGUAGCAACAUCUCAAACACCAUCAACCAUUGGCUCAUGUGUACCUUCAAGCCAACAACAACAACAACAACAGCAAAACAAUCAACAACCACAUUUUGCUACAACAUCCAAGCACAACCGCAACAACUACUACAACAACAGCAAUAAUAAUAAUAAUAUUGAUGAUGAUGGUGGUCGUGAUGGUGGUAAUUGGAAGUCGUCAGAUAGUGCCAGCCAGAAGAAAAAUUAUGAUGGAGACGGCGAAAAAAAGAACAACAUAUCAAUAACAGCUUGCACCUUCCAUAGCAGGAGUAGAAAAAUUGUUGACAGGUCGGAUUGA